CACCAAGUAGUACAUACCACCGCAAUACACCAACAAUACCACGGCGACGACGAACAUGUCAUCAGACAACGACUACGACUACUCAGACGACGACGGUGAGUACUACUAUGACGACGAGGACAUGAUGAGCGUCGAGGAGGACGAAGACUCGGCGUCGUCAGACGAUGGUAUGGACAUGGAUGAUUUCGGGGACGAUUUCAAAGUCCCCCAGCGCACCGUCCGUAAGACGUACGAGAUCGAGUACGAGUCGCUCCCGCAGUCUGCUGUCGAGAGACUCGUGGCGAGCGACAUCGAUCACAUAAGUGGAAUAUUCGGCGUCGAGGCGAGUGCAGCGUCGUUACUGCUGCGGUACAUGAAUUGGAAUAAAGAGCGGUUGAUAGAAAAAUACAUGGAUAACGCUUCGGCGGUCACUGUCGCUGCAGGCAUCUCUCCCCCCUCUAGAGCUUCGCCCUCCGCACUUGGCCCUGACCGCUCGCAGGGCUCUUCUUCGGGCACUCGCACGAGCGGAUUCCGCCGGUCCGCACGCCAGACACCAGCUCUACCGAAGGCAAAACCUCAACCCUUUGUUUGUCCAAUCUGCUUCGACGAUACCCAGGCAUCAUUUGCAGCACUUGCAUGUGAUCACACGUUUUGUUCCGGGUGCUGGACUGCCUACAUCACGGGUAAGAUUCGUGAGGAGGGUGAACACGCGAUCAGAUGUAUGGCAGAGGGCUGUGCUCUUGUGGCACCGGACCCCUUCGUCCGAACUGCACUUACCGAUGACCCAGAGACCUGGGAGAGAUUUAAUGGGCUGCUCGUGCGACAUUUCGUAGCAUCCAACCCGAAUCUCAAGUACUGUCCAUACCCAUCGUGCACGUACACGGUAUCGUGUCCUACUGCGGCCUCCAAAAGUGCCCUGACGACGAUCGUGCCCAUCGUGACAUGUGGCCCAGAUGUGAACCCCCCGCACAGAUUUUGUUUUGGCUGUCCAAUCGAGAGCGACCACCGGCCUGUGAUUUGCUCGAUUGCGAAGAUGUGGUUGAAAAAAUGUCGAGAUGAUAGCGAGACCGCUAAUUGGAUCAAGAGCAAUACCAAGGAAUGUAGUAACUGUCAAAGUACGAUCGAGAAGAAUGGAGGUUGCAACCAUAUGACGUGUAAAAAGUGCAAGCACGAGUUCUGCUGGGUGUGCAUGGGUCCAUGGUCAGAGCACGGCACGGCAUGGUACUCGUGCAACCGUUAUGACGAAAAGGGUGGAGUGGAUGCUCGAGACGCUCAGUCGAAAAGCCGAGCUUCAUUAGAGCGCUACCUUCACUAUUACAAUCGGUGGGCCAACCACGAACAGUCUGCUAAAUUGUCGGUUGAGCUGUACGCGAAGACGGAGAAGAAGAUGGAGGAGAUGCAGGUUACGUCCAACUUGACUUGGAUUGAGGUGCAGUUUAUGAAGAAGGCGGUGGAUGAGGUGUUCAAGUGCCGUAUGACGCUUAAGUGGACGUAUGCGAUGGCUUACUAUCUUGAGAAGGGGAAUGAGAAGGAGUUGUUUGAAGAUAACCAGCGGGACCUGGAGCGUGCGGUAGAGGAUCUGUCAGAGUUGCUAGAGUCGCAGAUUGAGCCUGAGAUCAUUCCGACCCUUCGACAGAAGGUGACAGACAAGACGGUGUACGUGUCGAAGCGAAACGAGAUCAUGUUAGAAGACACUGCCAAGGGAUUCUUGGAAGGCAGAUGGCAAUGGAAUGUUCCUGUGGAGGGGUUCGACUAGACGCUGUCUUGGCGUAGUAGUCGGGACAUGUGACAUUUGUAUACCGCCGUGUAAUGACGCCUCUUACAUAAUGCUAAUGCAGACUGUACUAAUAAUCCACUGG